CAUUCUUUGUGCAAUCGAACAACCGAAAGGUUAGAUUCUUUUAUUUCGAUCGCGUUAUUCUGUUCUAAGCUACAGUGAAUUAUAACAAAGUGAUAUUAUCCUCGGGGUCAAUUCAGAGUGGAUUCUUUUAUCAGGAUCGAUACGAAAAUAAACAAAUCGUAUUGAACUCGUACUCGCAGGGCGACACUUGGUGAAUGAAUUCCGAGGCACGAUGUCCGGGUCAGUGCGAGACCAGAGAGGACUCUGGAUUGGAGGAUUCGUUUGAUCAUCUGAUCGGAGGAAACGGUUCCGUCUCACGGCAGCCGACCUCUGUCAUUCUCGAUGAGCACUGGGCGGACCAGAUUUUGGUCGAAGGAGUUGAUGAGUUUGGGAGCACCGUGGCCUUCCUGACCGACAAUGUAAGCGUCCACAGCGAGGGUGCGCUGAGCAAAUCAUCGCCAACCGUUACGGUGCUGGACGUACAACGGCUGGACGAAUCGGACGAAGAAGUGAUGAAAGCCGUUGAUCGGUACUACACUCAGCUGGAAAUGCCGGGCGGGUCCUCCGGCGAGGACGACGAAGGCGCGGAUCUUGCCUCCGAUCCGAACAACACAUUCCUCAACAAAUAUCUGAUACAGUAUAGAUUGGCGUCAAUGCGGCAAAGCACCGCCGACGAUAUGCUGACCAUGGAGUCUGAUAUGAAGGGCGGCAUACUGCACGCCACGAUGCCUCCACAUCACGCGUCGUCGCUACACGGCCACUCCACUUCACCGUAUGGGGCUCUUGGAUCGCUGAGUAUGAUGAACAUUGGACAAUCCCAGCUCGGUCAUCAGGGGCAACAUCUUGGCCACCAGCAGCACCUGACUCAUUGCAAUAAUGGUAGUUCGUAUGGGCAGGCCCAUAGCAAUCCGCACGGUUCACCGUUGCAACCGGGGUCGGGUCUUAGUCCGGGUGGGCCAAACCAAACAUCUCAACAGCAGACACCACCCUCAGCGGGACUUGGCAAUCAUCACAUUACCUCGACCAGUCAGACCAAUAGCCACCUCGGGACGGGAGUUUCUGUGAACCACAACAACAACAAUACCAGCAAAGCGGCACAGCAGAAUGCCGACCGAGUGAAGCGGCCAAUGAACGCCUUCAUGGUAUGGUCCCGUGGCCAACGUAGAAAGAUGGCGUCUGACAAUCCAAAGAUGCACAAUUCGGAGAUUUCCAAGCGGCUGGGAGCCCAGUGGAAGGACUUGUCCGAAACGGAGAAGCGUCCGUUCAUAGACGAAGCGAAGAGGUUGCGUGCGGUGCACAUGAAGGAACACCCCGACUACAAAUAUCGUCCGCGCCGGAAGACGAAGACGUUGACGAAAACGAAGGAGAAGUAUCCACUUGGUGUGGGAUCACUUCUGCAGUCCAGCGAAGGUAACUCUAUGCGGAAUACGAACUCUAUUUCUGCGGCCCAGCAAGCGGCGGCGGCAGCAGCAGCCAAUCGUGAUAUGUACCAAAUGCCUCCCAAUGGUUAUAUGCCCAAUGGCUAUAUGAUGCACGACCCGUCGGCAGCGGCCUAUCAGUCCCAGCAGCACUACAUGAGCAAUUAUCACCGCUACGAUAUGGGUCAAAUGCACAACGCAGCCUCGACGGGUUCGCUCAAUUCGUACAUGAACGCCAGCUACGGAAUGUAUGGCACCGUGUCCGGUGGACAGACGUCUCCCUAUGGCCUACAACAGCCAGGAUCACCUUACAGUACAAUCCAGCAGCAGCCAGGAUCGCCGUACGGUCUGAACCAACCCGGUAGCCAAAUUUCCUGCCAAAGUCACAGUCCCAGUGAUUCCAGCGUCAAGUCAGAACCCGUGUCGCCUGGCCCCACGUCUACCAACAACAAUCUCAUAAUGAAGCGCGAGUAUGGUCAACCCACCGGACCGCCCGAUCUGAGCCAUCUGAUAAACAUGUACCACGUGCCCGACAUGCAAAGCACGGAACACCAGCGAAAUCUGAUGCAGCAUUACCAGCACAGUGUGUCGCCCGAUCUUCAAUCCCAGCAGCAGCAGGUCCUCCGGACGAUGGCUCCGAUCUCGCACAUGUGAGAUUUAGCCAGUUCCGUUGGUCUGCAGUCCACUUCCUCAUCGUCGCCGGCGGGCUUGGCACCGCCUCUAUCGCCAGUGCUCAAUACCGGAACUGGUCAAUCGUUGUUCCACAGCCAUCCACCACCACCGCAGUCGUCCUCAUCCUCGUCCUCCUCACCGCUAUCGGCCUAUAGACAUCACCACCAUCAUCACCACCAUCACCAUCAUCUGAGCAACGGAGGAGGCGGUGGUGGCAUUGGAACCGGUGCCGGUGGUGCUUCCAGCAGUUGUAGCAAUCUCAGCCUUGGCCAACACCUCAACGCGAGCUCGUCGUCUCCAACGGGGGUAGAUGGCGGCGGCGGCAGCAGCAGCCUAGGACACCAGCUUCAUCACAUCAGCAAUUGCGUUAGUACCGAUCGAGCUAACCAUCUAAUGGACAUAUCGCCACUCUAAUCCUCACUUUAUUACUCCUUCAUAAUUUAAAUUCACCAUUCCAGUCUUAUUUCUAUGAAAUUUGAACAACUUGCAAAAAGUAUUGUUAAGUUUGAAGUUUUCCAUUUUUUUUUUUGCUUCGCUGCGACGAAGGGUUUCCCAAUGGUUCGGAAGCCGGAUUGAAAGCCGGAUUGAAAGAAAAUGAAAAAAAAAGAAGGGAGACAGGGAAACAGAGAUAGAGAGAGAAAACCACUGUGUGAUAUUAUUUUUUCUUUGCUUUACAAACGAUGAACUUUGUAUAUUUUUGAAUUUCCUAUUUAGUAUUCGUUUAGAAGUUGAAUUAUUUUUAUAGACCUUUUAUUUCUAAGAACUUUUAUUUUCUAAAAAAAAAACAGAUCGGUUAAGAUAUUGUUUUCCCUUCAGAAGAAAGCAGCAACAAAAGUACUGAAAUAAACUAGCUGAAAUUAACAAAUAAACGCGAAUCAUUUUUCCCGAAGUGUGUAAAUAAGCCCGGUUAGGUUCGCACUUUCGCAUGUCCACCAGAAGAAUCGUCGUUCGUCGUCUCGCGACGUCCUGGAAAGCAGUGAUAAUUACCGACCGAAGUGACACAGAACUUAUGUUGGAACGCCCCGAACGCCGUUGAAAGUUCCCGGCGGGUAGUGCGGUGGGUGUGGGUGUGAGUGUGUAGCAUACGGAGUGACCUGGUGUAAAAUUAUCACCUCAAGAAAUCGGCCAACAGCUGACAGGUAAAUUGAAUUAAUUGCUAUUUGUUCAGCUAAAUUCUUUCCUGCCAACUGAACCCAAGCCUGGGUGCCCCCUUUUGUUCGGGUCCGUCAUCCUGCCUGGAAGAAGUUCGAUAAGUGUAAGGAUUUUUGGAAAAUCAUUCGAAAUAAUUUGGGAGAGCUGUGAGAGGCGAAACUUUUAAUUCCUGACUUGCGUAUAAAAUAUCGGGUCUCGGACCGGGGCCGAGCUUAAGCUGCUGACUGUAUUUCUUUUUUGAGCGUCAGCGUUUUGAGGAGAAAUUCGCGGAAAAUUGUUCUCGAGACUUUUAUAAUCAAUUAGUAGUGCGUGUGUGAGACUGAGAGCAAGCGGUGUGGAGGGCGUUUCGGAGGCGGCUGGUCCGCAACGAUUCGUUCCACCACGGCCGGAUUUCGAUUGCAGUUUUCUGAAAUUUUAAUAAUGGGUUUUCAAUGAGUUGUUAGGUUUUGUGGUCAAUGACGAACUAAAAGAGCAACCGCAGCAGCAGCUUAAGCUUCCGUAAUUGGGUCCCUCGAAUGGAAAGUAUUGUGAUAAUCACAGUUUUCAUGACGAUUUUAAUUAAAAUGUAGCGGCGGGUGUGCGCAGCAGAGAAGACUUGUCCCGCGGAGACAGCGAACCCUCGAAUGCUGGCAGCCGAGGGCCCGAUGUCGCCGUAACCGGGCGCUGAAAAUAAAACUACAGGGAACACGAGGCACGAGAGCGUUCCGAAAUCGAUCCCAAUUUUUACGAGUGACAAAUUUAUGAGUCCAUUAAUGGUGGUACCUCACCACUUCAUCGCUUGGCCCAAUGUUAGGGGUGAAAUUGCUGAACCAAUCUCGCCCGGAAUCAUAAAAAUCCUCUCGAAAUAUAUGAUUUCUUUUCACUUUUUCCUUUCUCGUCAAGGAGAAAAGCGUCACCUCUCCAGCUCGAUCUAAUUAAUGUGUGAACGAUAUAGAUAUAGAAAUCAAUCGGCGAAUCUGUGGACGAAGUCGUAUAAUUAAACAGAAAUUAUGUUAAUCCCGAUCCACUUGGCGCGCGGGGAAAGAUAACCAUAAGCAGUUAAAACGAAGAAAAAAAAAAAUAUAUUUAUAAACGAAAUAAAUGGGAUCACCAAACCUAAUCAAACUAGACCCCGAGGGGGAGCUGAUGUUUCCAUUAAGUGGGGCUUCUUUCUUCGCCUCAAAAGCUAAGCCAUCAUCAUCACUUCAUUAGGCAGGCCGCUGAUCACUCGCUUGGUCUCGUGGCGUUGUUGAUCUACGCCAGUCAGCCAGCCAGCAAUCGUCUCUCGCGCGCGAGAGUGGGUCGUUAAGAAGCUGCUGGAAGAAGCCACUCGGCGGCGGCUCCUCGGUUCGCGGUUCUGGAGCAAAGGUAGCGCAGCCGUGACAAAUGAGUGAUAUUUACUUUUUUCUCACAUAAUUUCGAGACCCGUCGGGGAAUGUUCCCGGGGCUCCUUUCGCUUGCUUCAUUAGCAGCGCGAACGAUUCCCAGCCUCGAAAUGAGUUGGGUUCGGGUCGCGACGAACGGUUGGCUUCAAGUGUACACACAUGAGCUAACACAAGAAAAAAAAAAAUCUUCACACUAGUUUGCUCCGUUUGGCGAGAAAUUAACGCCUUCUGGAAGCCCGGCGGCGGCGGCGGCAGCUAAGCGCGGGUUGUAUGCACCAAGAGGAUAAGGUUAAUAAAUUGCUGCUGUGGGAGAAACAACAAAUCGGUUGGUUUAAUUAGUCGGCGGUAAUUGGAUGGGACAACACAUUAUUCGGCGUGUGCCGGCUAGAUUUAAUCGUUUGAAACGAAGUUCGAUUCAUUCUGUGGAUAAUGUUGAUUUAAAUGGGGACCCCGAUUUGGAAGCUCGAAAAAUCGAUUUUUUUUUGCAUUUUUGAGAAGCUUAUGUCCUCAGAAAUGUAGUCCUAAACGGAUUUUUCGAUAUUUGUUUUCGUUGGAAAGUUACAGCCAAAAGGAUGAGAACACUUCAAGGGGUUUUGUAUAGCUGUACGAAUUUUGAAACGCAUUUUUUUCGAAACCAUAUUUUUGUGAGCUGGUGGUAUCGAUAUCUCAGAAUCUACUCGACCGAUUUGGCUAAAAUUUAUCAUCAACAUGUAGAAAUGAAUUAUCUAAAGCGUUACAGAGCCGUGUUUGAUAUCUAUUUUUUUAAUUUUUUAUGAGCUUCUAAAUAGCGAUUUUUCAUGAAAAAUAACUCAUAUUUAACUAAAAUGGCCACAAUUUUGGCAAUUUUUCGAAUUUUCAAACACCCCAAUUUAACGCUUUAAGUAUUGUCCUAAAGCUUCAACAUAUUCAGUGGAAUUCGUUCUGCGACACCCCGUUUCUUCAAAACCGAUACCACCAGCAAGGUAUCGAUUUUCAGACAGCAUCUACGCAUCCAUCUGUUAACAGCGUAAUAACCUUUAUUCGUGCACUCAAAAAAUGAAAAAUACACCUUUAAAUAGACAUUGAAUAAUAAUCAAAAUACCCGAAAACUUCACUUUGUUUCUAACAUCCGGAAAAAAAUUACGAAAAUUCAUUAUUUUUCGACCUUUCAGACGGGAGUCCCCCUUAAAUUGUUGAUGUUCGAUUGACGUUACUGUCUUUUUUCUUCUUUCGUUCGACAUAUUUUUGACCCAGCUUAUAUUUUAUAGGCUGUGUAAAAUAUAUUCUACACAUUAAUUUGGUGUAUGUUCAAUUGAUCCCAUGUUAUUCAGCAGUGAAAUUCUGAGGGGAACAUCUAAAAAUAAAACUUCAAGUUGGAGCAAUCUUACAAAUUUCGUAUUUGUCUGAUGUAUGCACCUAUUGUAAAUUUGUAAGCCGGAUUUUCAAUUCACAAAAAAACCCCGAACUGAAUUUCCGUGUUUUGUAAAUUGCAAGUUUUUGUUGCUAAAGCAAAACCAAACCAACAAACUUUUUAUUCGUUGUCUUUUGUACAAUAUUUUUUCACUAUGAAGUGGUAUUCGUUGUCUAUAAAUAUUUGGUUUAUGGUGAGUUGGUCAUUUAAUAUUGCAAAAACUCAGUCGAAUAAUGAACGUUGAAGUCUUCCGUGAGUAACAUUUGACAUUCAAUAUAAAUCAAUGCUUCAAUUCAGCGAUUGCAAUAUAGUUUAUAAUCAUCAUGAGAGUGUAAAACCUUAGCGGAUUAUUAGAAACCCCUCCAAUGAAUCUUUUGACCUCGGAUUUCAUCAACGGCAUUUCGAAUGCGUGGAAGCCGAGGUUCAUUCUGAAUUUUGCUUGGAUUGUCGAUUUGAAAAUUUCUUAUAAGACAUUAUUGAUAGAAUACAGAAAUUACAGAAAUAAACGUGAAAGGGUGCAUGUGUCCUAUGGAAUGCUCCUUUGAUAAAUGCCAGUCAUAUUUACAUCAGGGUAAAUGUUCGAGAGAGUCAAUAUUUGGCUGAAGGAACUGUAUAGAAAUCGUCUGGAUUGAAACCUGAUUUCAGAUACUCUAUAUAAUGUCAUUAAAAUAUGUUAAUCAUCUAAUUCUUUGCAUAUUAUUUAAAUGAAUUUUAUUUGAUUUUUUCUUCAAACAUGUUUGUUGGUUUUCAUGACAGACACGCCUCUGCUAUCUGAUUUUUUCUAAAUUCCGGUUCUGUAUACUGUUCAAUACCUUAACAACAAAUUGAGCGCUUCAAUGUAUGCUUCUCAGAGAUUUUUCUUUCAACCAGUAUCUGCUUUACAUUUUUUUUUUCAUUUUACAUCUACAUAUUACAUAUUGGACAAAAUACAGGCCUUUAGUCGUUCGGAUUUCGGACUUCAACGAUUUUUUCUUGUAGGAAUCGAAUUAGAUGUGGUGUUUUAGACAAUUUUUUUUCAACAUAUAAGGAAUAUGAAUACAGUGGAACCUCAAUUAUCCGCGAGCGGAUGAUCCGCGGUGCGGUUUAUCCGCGAAAGCGAGUUUCAUAGUAAUGCUAUGGAUUUUCCCGGUAUGUAUCAGUGAGUGGUAGGAUUUUGUUUUUUGUUUUGGUCAUGGCUUCCACAUUAUUUGACUUCUACCCGUAGCAGAAGCAAAUGAUGUUCUUCGGCUUCUUUUUUCUCAAAUGAAAAAAACUAAUAUUCGGAACAAAACUAGACAUAAAACGCUAAAAUUGUUUUUUUGUGUAAUGUAAUGUAACAUAAGACAAUUUGAUGAGCUAACUCCAAGUUAUUCGUAAUCCAGGUUUAAAAAAGGGUAAUUGUAAUCGGAACACCCUCAAAUGAUGUUAUUCACUGGACAAUCCUAUGAAACUCAAACUGUUUUUUGCAACAUUGCAAUAUGUAUAUCAUGUUGAUUAUUGUUCUCAUUUUUUUUGUUCGGUUUUAUUAUUUGGAAGGAUUGGAAUCACAUUUUCAUAAUUUCACUUUUUCUGUUUAGAUUCUUUCAAUGGUUUCGAAGCAGAGUGUACCUCUAAUUCAACAAGAUUCAAUAGAUGUACAAAAUUUGAAAUCGCAGUCUCGUAAAGCGCAAUGAUUCGCAUGAAUCAUGUAACGAAUAAAAAAUGUGUCACUCUCUCAUCUUCCUUGUUUGUCGACUUUUGAAUAUUUGUCUGCUAUAUCAUUACCAUGGUCGGCCAUAGUUGCAGCUCCUUCAGAUGAAAUACGAUCGGAUAAUUUUCAUUCGAGUUUUACAUUAAAAGAUAGUGAUUUCAGAAAAUAUUCCUGCUAGAAAACAUGCUAAAGUGUUGAGAGUAGUGCGUUUUUUUUAUCCCAUUUAUUUAUUUAUCAGGCUCAUUAGCAUUUUAUCUGUAACAGAGCCGGGUUUUUAUCGUGUAGAUGUACAUAUGUUUAUGUUUCUAUAAAUUGUAAAUUACACAGUAGAAGUAGUAGCCAUUUAGGCGUUAGGUUUUCUGUUCCAUUACAUUAUGGUAAAUUACACUCUAGUAGCCAUUUCGGCGUAAGGGUAUUCUAUCUGUUCUUCUAUUGUUCAGUAGACCGGACAGCGGAGACAGUUGAUAUUGAUCAUUGCUUAUAGAACAGCAGCCCGAUGUUUCUUGCAGAGCAGAGCAGUUGUAUGGAUGAAUCGAUCUUUGUUCCACCGUGGAUCGAUUUCCAUAGCUGAUGAUGGUUGCGUGGACGUAAUUAUUCUAUAGCAACACAAAGAUGGUCAAUUGAGGGCCCUGAGUUUGAACUCACGAUCGAUCGCUUAGUAAGCGAACGCGUAACCAAGUGGCUACGAAGACCCCCACAGAGUAGUGCGUUAACAUUGAUUAUAAUUUAUAUUAAAUAAUUUGUUUUUUCAACAAUUAUGUGAUAACAUAAUCUAAACAUGUUGCUGGAUCGCAAAUGAUAACUUUGAAAAAUCAUAACUUAAAAACUAAUAAAAUCACCUCUCUGAUUUUUGGAUUUAUUGUAUAAGGAAAACUCAGCAUUUCCAGAGAAAAUAUAAAAAAAGUCCUUUAGUCCAAAGCUCUGAAAAUAACAAAACACAAAUAGGGUAAAUGAUCUGGGUUUGUCCCCAAAUCGUUUAUCAGAAAUUGUUUUUCAUUUUUCUUCAUGAAAAUCACAUAUAAUCGAUACAAGUUUGGGAUUGUUGAAAAGCCCCAAGUCUCUAGUUGCUAAUACUACCAUAAGGCGUUGAAGUUAUUCAAAAUUUUAUGUUAUGUAACGAUUUUCCUCAAAGAGGAAUUAUGAUCAUGGUUUGACCACCUCUGAUCAUGGUUUAUCCAAAAAAUUAUCAUGGUUGGUCCGGCUUUAGAAAUCACAUUUUUUGAAUGAAAACAUUCGAAUUCACAAGAAGAUGUUGUAUUUAUCAUUGCUUGAGUUUAUUGUCAUCAUAUUGAUCCAUUCAUAAUUUAGGCUUUCUUCAGAAUAUCGCAUUUUCUUGGGCAUUUUAAAAGUGUUCACUUCAAGACACUAAACAUAGAGAAACCUUAUUUCUGCUCUACGCGAAGGACACAAUAACCAAACUGCAGCGUGCCAAGCGGUUGCCAUAUAAAUCAUGUGGACAAAACAACAUUAUUCAAUUGGACAACUCAUGAUCAAAAUUGAGUUCAUCAAAUUGCGUUAGUUUAAUGAUUUAGCUAAGUAAAUCUGAUACAAAUGGUGUGCAAGAAUCAUUUUUACAAUAUUUGUAAGUGUUAUAAUCCAGAAAAGGUCUGAAUACGUGCGAAAUAAUCAUCUGGUGAUCGAAUAAAAGCUAGCUCGAAUGUGGGGCGCAUUGACACCAAUAGAUGGUGUAUUUUAUAAUCGUUUAAAACAUGUGAUUCCGUAAAAAUAUACUAUAAAACUACUGUAAAUCAUGAAAAAUACGAUUUUAUUUAUAUGUUUUGAAACAUUCUAAUACCUUAUUUGACACAGGAGCGCUGAAUUAGAGCAUUCAAAAAAGUGGACAAACCAUGAUCAUAUUUUCGACUGGACAAACCAAAAUCAUUUACCUUACAACCAAUAACUAAAAAAAUCGACAUCCGAAAUUUUUACAAGCGAGAUAUUUUUCCAUGAAAGAAUAGCUAAUUGGCUUUAAUUUGAUAUAUCGAUCAUCGAAAUAGGUUUGGCAGUUCAAAAGUUAUGAUUUAAAAAAAAAAGUCAUUUUGGGCACCCUAAUAAAAAAUACGGGUCUAAUGUUUUGCAGUAAAGAACAAAAUUACCACUUUUUACGAAAAUCUGAGAACCAAUAUAUCGGCUUGGCAUGGAAUGGCCAAAUUUGAAAUUUUUUCAUCGAUGUAUCGAUGUUUUAGAAGCGAUUUCUUUCGAAAAUACCGCCCGGUAAGCUUGUGUCAAAUCAUCUUUUCUUACGUUGAGAAAACAAGUAACGUUUCUCUGAGUUUGUGAUUAUUUCCCAAUUUUCUAACUUCCUUUUUUGUCAUUUAAUUUGAUGGAUUCCAAGUAGGUGGGGGUGUUUUGGCUUCCAAUCAGUUCAACAUAUUUGAAAAAAGAACCAUCACAAUAGAAUUUAUAUAGUUAUAGCAAUUCAAUUUAUAUAUUAUAAAAUCGUUCGUAAAGCCACCCAAAAAUUCAUUCGACUACGAAUUAUGAAAUGCAAAUCUAAACGAUUAUAAAGAUACAAUAGCGUUCGGAAAAAUGGAAUAAAUAACAACAAUUAACUAAUUUGCAGCAAUUUCAAUAUGUAAAAAUACUCUGACCAUUCGUAAUGUCAGAUGAAUUGAAUUUCAGUAAUUUCAAUAAGUGGAAAGAAACUCUCACCAUUUUUUUUUGUCACAGUGAAUUGUGUUAUUAGUUAACAUUUAAAAAUGUAGCAAUCGAUUGGGAAAAAGAUGAAAAGUUUUGUUUUGCCGAAAAAAAAGUACAUGUCGAAUGGCCGAAUUCAUGCAGAGAAUAUGAGCAUUUGUAAAUCUUUCACAAAUAAUUUAAUAAUUCAUUAUAUUGAAUCAUAAAUGACUUCCGAUGCAGAUAAGAAAAUUCUAUUACUAUGAAUUGUCUGAAUUAAUAUUCAGCCAUUUAUUCAGCAUAUCCCAAGGCGCUAAGACGUUCCGCAUAGUAGUGAAAUUUAUCGAUGCCUGACCCAUCGGAACGUUUGCAUUUGGCCCGCACUUUUGAAAAUUAAAUCGUACGCGAACAUUUUACAUCAAUAAGCUUAAUCUAAUAGCAGAAAAAGCCACAUAAACGAAUGAAUUUGAAACGCUGCAACUUUGGACUUCUUUAUUCGGCAGUCUUAAGCCAUCUAGGCUUCAAAUCACGUUAGGGAAUCUCUCAUCGAACAAAACACGUACCGUCUGGAAGUGUUUUGUUCUUGGUUUGUGGUCCUGGGACAGUCGAUGACAUCGUUCUGAUACUAUUUUGUGAAUAUCUCCAUUUUGAAGUAUUCCAGCUCAAAUUGUUCUCCGCAAUGAGAUCCUAUGUCUUUCUCUUACCUUGUUAGUAAACGGCUUCUUCACUGGCAUGCUAAUAAAUGAGUCAGCCUCUCGCAACCGUCUGCAAACGGUUCUGGAGCUUACACCCAAACUUAAUUUUCGUUUGAUUUCGGAUCCUGAUGUAAAACAAUCGUUUUGGAAACAACGCAUGACUAAACGGUCCAUUCUCAGCAUAGUUGUUCUUAUACGACCUGGAUAGCCGGUUCGUGUCAACCGCGACCCUCUUGCCUUGUAAAGCUGCAACAAACGACAAACUUUCAACUUGUGUGUAUGCCAAAUGCUACACAAUUUCUUUCUGAGAACGUCCCAUCUCAAUCGACUCAAUUUUCAGAAUAGAAGAUUCACUACUGAAAACAUUACGUAACAUUGUUAUGUUUGUGAACCACACCUUUUGGUGUUUAACAUCUGAAGAAAUACUAAAAUUUGAGAAUACUCUAUCCAGAUUUCAAGUCAAAUAAUUAUCACGCAGCGGAGUUGCAUCACAUCUUAUUUUAUUACUUACGCUUACAAUUAAGUAAUUGAAAUCGGUAAACAGCCGACGGCCUGGAGCAUACUGAAAAAAAAAAAUGAAUAUUCUCACUAACUUGUGAUCAAUAUUUUGUCUACAUAAUCACAUUUGAUUGAUUCAUGGCUACAAACCAUGUGUCCAAUUUCGGAUUUUUGAAAACCGCGUUCCGAAUAAUGAUACUGCGUCCAAAAUUUGUCGAAAUAUGUUUUUCACAUGGUGAGGAAACAGGUAUCGCAUCUCAGAGGAUCGGUGAUCACAUCUUUAUAAUUCACCUGUUACUUUUAGACUGUUUUAUUCGCUAAACCACAAUUGAAGGUAUUUAUUUCUUUAAAUGGCCCAGUUUUCAGAAAUUUAAAAAAAGGGCGAAUAGCGCAAACGACACGAUUGAAUUAAAUGUUUUAUGACUAUACAAUAAAUUUCGUCGAACUAGCGCACCAAAUUUAGGCGAAAAAUUGCUGGUGUAGUUUUGAUACUUCCACUCACGAGUCACUACCUUUGGUUUUAAAAUACUUUUUCAUCAACCAAUUAAUAAAUUCAUUAAUAUAAUAAUCAUAUUCUCAGAAUAACAAUAAUUCCUGAAUAACGGGGCGCUCAAAACGUGCUAGGUCAUUCCAUUUUAAUUUUCCAUGAACAAGUCACGUUUCUUCGGAUCCUUCAUUCAACUAGAAAAAAAGUAUUAACAGUACUACUUGAGAAUCGUUUGUGCAGUGAUCAAAAAUUCAUUCGAAUGCGAAUCUUAUUGCCUUCCAAACAUUCGGGGAGAGAAAAACCAUAAAACUUGAUUAGGCCUACAACUACAAAUUACAACAAUAUGAAACCUUUUUUCUCAUUGUGAAUCGUCCUGUUACUUUCAUUAGUUAAAUUUUACCAUUUUUAGAAAAAAUGUAAUUAAAUUGCGUUGUUGUUGAAUCAUUUUGCUUUUCUCUGAAACAAAGUUUAAAGCUUUGUCAAAAUAUCAUUACCAAUAUUAACCAAUUGAACGGUUGAGUUGAGUUUAUUCUUGGAGAUACGACUUCAAAAGACGAAUCUACCAUAUUCCAUCUUUAAAGACAUAAUGUGCAGAGUUUUAAAUAUCAACUUUGUAGCUUUGUAGAGAUAGACUCUGCACAAUGCACGUUUCAAAUGACAUGGCAUACCUAUAUUUAGAUUUUUCUUUCCUUACAUUGUGAACUGGACAUUAUUUUCGGAGGAACGUUUUACAAAAAAAAAUCGAGUUUCGGAAUAAAAAAUCUAACGACGAUUUUUUUUUAAUAAUUCGAAAUAAUACGCAAUCAUACAAACAAGAUAACAGAGACAACGAACACUAAAAGCGAAUAUCUACAAUGACAAUUGCCUGUUUUGGACAGUUUUAUGAACCGUACAUUUUGUUUUCUUUAAAUUAUUUAAGAAAGUGGGGGCUGCUUGAGGAUCGUAAACACGGCAAAACGUCAGCAUUUUUUGUUUUGAUACAGGACUUUUGAAUUUAUUGUUAGUAUCUAUGAAAACAUCUAAAUUCUUUUUAGAAAAUAUUUUUGUUAUCAAACCAAUUAAAAAACGAAUGCAUAUACUUUUUCUUUGAAUUUUUGCUUUUUAGAUAUCGUUGGUCAGUAAAAUUAAUCAUUAAAAUUAUUGAGAUUGAAAUUGAUUGAUCAUUAGAGAAUUGAAAAAGCAAUUGAUCAUGUUUGGUAAGAAAGAUGUUUUCUAAAUCUAGGGAGAAAUUAAUGACAGUUUAAAACAACAAAUUUAAGGCAAUAAAUAGAUAAAACAAACUUACAACCACUCAAAACUGAGUUUGAUGUCGACGCUGCGCGCUGCUCCAUUAAUUUUUGAUAAGUGUAAUAUGUAUUUGGAAAUUGUAAACAUCCUAUAAUACAUUGUAAUAUUCCUAUAAAGGAUGUUUGGUGAACCGUUUCUCAGAACAGUGCGCUUACAAUUAAGUAAUUGAAAUCGGUAAAUCAACAGCCGAUGGCCUGGAGCAUACUAAAAAAAAGCAUGAAUAUUUUCAUUUGUGCUUUGAUGUAAUAUUUUUGAGUACUGAAAUUCUCACAUAACAUCAAAACAACUUUACAACAUUCACUUUUCCGUUUCCGGAAAAUAAUCCAAUAUUGUGAUUCGCAUAUUUUUCCGACGUGCAUUCUGUGGAAAUUAAAUUGACAAAAACUUCUUCAUGUUAUAUACGUAAACCUAGAAAUUGACGGCUGAAUAUAAUUGAUUUGAUUAUAAAAAUGUCGCGAUACUCUACUUUCUAAUAUUUUUUUUAGGAAACAGAAAUUUGACAUUGUAAGACGUAUUUGUUCGUUGAACUAAAAUGGAUGACUAAUUCCAAAUACGUUUUGUAAAACACAUAAAAUCUCAUCAUGUUUUCAAUUUGUUUAUCAUCCAUAUCUGCAUUGAUAAAAAACGUGUAACUCGAGCUAUUUAAACCAUUAAAACAUUUGAGGAAUACAUAUUAAUCACAAUCGAAAGGAUAAAACCAAUAACUCGACAUAACCGGCACAUAUCCCAUCAAAACAAACACCAAAAUAAACCCAAAUCUAAUCGUUCAAACCACCGACUGUCAACACAUUUUGACAGUCGAGUUGUCAAAGAGCAGAUCAGCUGCGGAUCACAUUUCUCCUUGGUGCAUACAACCUCCGGGCUAAGAAACCCAAACCCAUAUGAGACUCCAAGAUAUACUUUUCUCGCCGCUUUUUCGAAUGAUCUUCCUUUCCGACCGUCGUGGGCCUGGGAAACGGAGUUCGUCUGCCGACGGGUUUCGCCGAACUUCGAUCACACACACAAAAAAAAACAAAAACUACGCAUCCCACAGUAGUAGUUCGCUCACACACCCGACGUAAAUUCUUCUUCUCGCCGUUAACCAUGGCAACGCGCGCAUGAGGAAUCGUGGAAACAACGAAAAACCCUAAUAGAGAAAUCUAUCAUUUUUAAAACACUUCAACCUUCGUCGUCUCCGCCUGCGCGCUCCGAUCUUCAGCUCCAGGCGUUCCAUCAUACUCUCUGUGUUUCCUCCGCCGAAAAAAAGAAGUUUAAUUUGAAAACUUAUUAAGACAUCGUUUCGUCGUCUUCUCCAACCUCCGUGAUAAAAAAAACCCGAAACUUCGUCAAGAUUGGUUCGUUCGUUCAUCCAGCCGUCGCUUUGGCUACCGAGUUCCCACAGCCUCUGUUCUGGUGGCAGCGAGUAGUGCGAAAGUUUUGCAGAUAAUCUAUCAAGAAGUUUUCGUUUUUUUUGGGUUCAAAGAUUCUCACUCUUACGCAAGCGGAGCACACAUUUAGGCCUGUUUAGAGGAUGAUAGCUGCUGCGACUGUUUUUUUAGCUCGAAAUCAGGCAUGAUUCAGACAAACGAGCUGCAUGUUUUAAUCAUAGAAAACGACAAACAAUCAAUACAAACAAGAAGCAUGAGAGAGAGAGGUGGAAACAAGGCAAAAAAAAUAAGGAGAGAAAAGAAUAGCAUACACAAGUUAAAUAGUAAGUGGAAAUCAAAGACGACAAAUUUAACCAGUGCUCAUUUAAUUUAUAGGACGAACAACAAAACAAAAAAACUUGUAAGACACACACACACAUCCCACAAAUACGACGCCACACGCGAACCUGUGGUUGUAAAUUAUUAUAAUUAAUUGAUUA